AUGACUUUCUUUGAAGGGUCAAUGUAUCUCUGGAUCUUUCUCCAAUUCCCAGCUCUAGAAUUCGCGCACGAGGAAGGUGGCUGGGGUGACACCAUGUCAUUUGGCAUCAUCUUCGCCGCCAUGAUGUGUUCCAUGAUACUGGGGUCUCAAUUCUUCAUCUAAUACUCCAGGCUUCCCAGAAGCCGUUGGGUGGUCACAACCUCCAAAUUGCUUGCACUCACUCUAAUUAUCGCGAGCAUCUGCUUCAUCAUUCCUACCCUAUAUCACAACGAAGCCGUGACAUUCUGGUGCUUCUGCAUUUUCGAGGUAUGCUGUGGGAUCUACUUCCCCAGCGUGGCUCAUCUAAGAGAGCGGAUCAUCGAAGAUCAUAUUCGUGCCAGGGUCUCCAGUGUCUUGAGAAUCCCACUGAAUUUAUUCGUUGUGAUUGGUCUUGUCUCAAACAGAGAAGGUAAGCUUUUCUCUAAUCCUUAAGCAGAAAUUGUUAAGCUCAUGAAGUCGCGGCUAGGGCGGCAGCACCGAGAAAAUGUAUUCGGGAUUUGUAGCGUGGGCCUGCUUUCGGCAGCAACUAUUCUCGGGGUAUUGGGUACCGAUGAGUAG